CAGACACACACACACAGACACACACACACAGACACACACACAGACACUCACACACCGACACACACAGACACACACACACACAGACACACAUACACACACAGACACACACAGACACACACACACUCUCUCACACACACUCUCACACACACAGACACACACACACGCGCCACGCUCGCGAUGGGCAAGGCGGAGUCGCUGCGCGUGCUGCUGCACGGCGACCGCCUCGUCUACUACCCCGGGGACAUCGUCUCGGGCGACGUCUCGUUCAGCCUCGGCGGGGCAGCCUCCUCCUGGCUCAGAGCCGUGCACGCCAAGUGCGUGGGCCGCUGCCAGGUGAGCCAGAAGGGGGGGGGCUCCUCAUCCGAGCCGGAGGCAACGGAGCAGUACGUGCGCCUCGCGCUGCUGCUGUGGAAGAAAGACUCGUCAGGAGCACUGGGCUCCGGCAACCACUCCUUCACCUUCCACUUCCCCCUGCCCAUGUCGGUGCCGACGUCGUUUGAGGGCCGCUUUGGGCGCGUGGAGUACUCGGUGCAGGCCGUGCUGGAGGCGGCGUGGUACCGCGCCGACCAGAGCGCCCGCACACCCCUCUACGUGCUCAACCCCCUCGACCUCAACCUGCUGCCCGACUGCCGCUGCCCGUCCGUGGUGGAGGUGCAGAAGAAGGUGAACUACUCGCUCUUCAAGAGCGCCACGGUCACGCUGGCCGUGAGCUCCGACCUGCGGGGCUACGUGCCGGGCCAGGUCAUCCACCUCACCUGCCUCAUCAACAACGGCACCGGCAAAAGCGUCUCCGGCAUCACCGCGACCCUUGUGCAGAAGGUGACGUUCCGCGGGCGCUGCGUGAUGUACGACAUGCGCACGCUGGCGCAGCUGGAGGGCGGCUCGGUGGGGGCGCGCCAGCAGGCGCAGUGGCUGGAGCGCAUCGCGCUGCCGCCGCUGCCGCAGUCGCAGCUCUUCCUGUGCCACCUCAUCGACGUCGACUACUUCGUCCAGGUGGCGAUCCGCAGCAUCGGCGUGGCGGCCACGCUGCCCAUCGUGGUGGGGAACGUGCCGGUGCUGCGCUCCCUGGGGCCCGGGCCCGCCACGGCGCUCACGCCCACCGCACCGCCCCUGCCGCCACCCACGGCGGUCGGCUAUGGCGGCGGCGGUGGUGGUGGAGACGGGCGGCUGUACGAGGCCUCUGCGACCGCUCUGCCCACCAAGCUGCACUCGCAGCUGCAGGACGGACGCUACUUCCCCACGCCCACGCACGCCGGCGUUGACGCCGACACCGCCGGUGCCAGCGGCGGUGCCUUAGCCCCCCUGGCACCGGUCCCCCCGGCGUCGCCGUUUGGUGUUGGCGCCCCUCAGCUUUGCCUGGCGCCGGGGGAGACGGUGCCGUUCUUCAGCGGCGGCGCUGCCGGUGCCGCCGCUGGCGCCGCCGCCGCCUCGUCCCAUCAUCCUUUGCUGCUUCCUCCCGAGUUCAGUGCCGCCCUCUUUCCCUACGACCCGCCGCCUUCCUACGAAGAGAGCUGUCAGGCGGCGAGCGGCGACGGCGCACAGAUGGACGCGGCCCCCCCCGACCCUCGCCAAGGCGGCAGCGGCGCCGGGGGGCCAGGGGCCCCCUGCGGGGAGUGAGGGGGGCCCCACCCCCCACCGCCACUGCCACUGGGGGUCCCCUAGGCAGAAAGACGCUGGCGGAGUGCACGGGGGGUGGGGUGCAAGGCGCUGCGGCUCGCAAGCGAGCGCCACUGGGCACGCACGCACCACACCACCACCAGCACCACGACCCAUGGCUCUCUGUGUGGGUCUGUGGGUCUCUGUGUGAGUCUGUGGGUCUCUGUGUGAGUCUGUGGGUCUCUGUGUGAGUCUACGUGUCUCUGUGUGAGUCUGUGGGUUUCUGUGCGAGUCUGUGGGUCUCUGUGUGAGUCUGUGACUCCGUGUGAGUCUGUGGGUCUCCGUGUGAGUCUGUGGGUCUCUGUGUGAGUCUGUGGGUCUCUGUGUGAGUCUGUGGGUCUCUGUGUGAGUCUGUGACUCUCUGUGUGAGUCUGUGGGUCUCUGUGUUAGUCUGUGGGUCUCUGUGUGAGUCUGUGACUCCGUGUGAGUCUGUGGGUCUCCGUGUGAGUCUGUGGGUCUCUGUGUGAGUCUGUCGGUCUCUGUGUGAGUCUGUGGGUCUCUGUGUGAGUCUGUGGGUCUCUGUGUGAGUCUGUGACUCCGUGUGAGUCUGUGGGUCUCUGUGUGAGUCUGUGGGUCUCUGUGUGAGUCUGUGGGUCUCUGUGUGAGUCUGUGACUCUCUGUGUGAGUCUGUGGGUCUCUGUGUGAGUCUGUGGGUCUCUGUGUGAGUCUGUGACUCCGUGUGAGUCUGUGGGUCUCCGUGUGAGUCUGUGGGUCUCUGUGUGAGUCUGUGGGUCUCUGUGUGAGUCUGUGGGUCUCUGUGUGAGUCUGUGGGUCUCUGUGUGAGUCUGUGACUCUCUGUGUGAGUCUGUGGGUCUCUGUGUGAGUCUGUGGGUCUCUGUGUGAGUCUGUGACUCCGUGUGAGUCUGUGGGUCUCCGUGUGAGUCUGUGGGUCUCUGUGUGAGUCUGUGGGUCUCUGUGUGAGUCUGUGGGUCUCUGUGUGAGUCUGUGGGUCUCUGUGUGAGUCUGUGACUCUCUGUGUGAGUCUGUGGGUCUUUGUGUGAGUCUGUGGGUCUCUGUGUGAGUCUGUGACUCCGUGUGAGUCUGUGGGUCUCUGUGUGAGUCUGUGACUCUCUGUGUGAGUCCGUGACUCUCCGUGUGAGUCUGUGGCUGUCAGGCGAUGAGUCUGUGGCUCUCUGCACGAGUCCUACGUGUCUGUACAUCACGUGUAGGUCUGUGAGUUUCGACGUGAACGUGUGCGCCUUUGUGUUCAGUACGCCUGGUGUUGCGUGCAGCCUUGUGCCGCACAGGGACAGCUGCCACUGGUGGGGGGGGGGGGGUCCCCUAGGCUUAGAAGCAGCAGCAGCACGGUCAAGAUGCGGGCGCGGAGUAGAACAUCGACAACCGGGAGAGGCAAAGGCGGACGCCCCCGACCCCGGCUGGUGCGUCACAGCGUGCCGGCCUUCGUAGCCGCCGCCGCCGCCACCGCCAGCGACUCGCUACGAGCAGCACUUGCCCCAAGUGUCGCUCGGAGGCGGCGCGCGGGAACCUUUGUCUGCCUCGCGUGCGCCGUCGUGCACCGGCGCGCGCCGGCGUGCGAAGCCGGAUCCGCGGCGUGUAACGACGACGCUUCACUUUGUCGUUUUUGUUUUCCUUUUUAAUUUUAGUUGUUGAUGUUGUUGUUCGGGUAACUCUGCGCGACUCGCAAGAGCGUCGUCAUGGCGACAGGCACGGGCGCGACGCGUCGUCACGGCGACAGGCACGGGCGCGACGCGUCGUCACGGCGACAGGCUCGGGUGUGACGCGUGACGCCGAUGGUGGCGGCCCGUGGCGUUGGCGGCGGUUGUGACGCUAUCGAGCACCGCUAGCACGCGGUAAGGGGUCAUCCAUUGAGUCCGUGCACAUGGGGGGGGUUGACCCAAACGCGUUCGCUUGCCACUACCACCACUACCGCUACUACCACCACUACCACUACCACCACUACUACCACCACUACUACCCCACCACUACCACCGCUACUACCGCUACUACCACCACCACUACCACCACUACUACCACUACUACCACUACUACUACCCCACCACUACCACCGCCACUACCACCACGACCACCACUACCACCACUACUACCACCGCUACCACCGCCACUACCACCACAACCACUACCACCACUACCACCACCACCACCACCACUACCACCACCACUACCACCACUACUACUACCACCACUACCACCACCACUACCACCACCACUACCACUACUACCACCACAACCACUACCACCACCACUACCACCACCACUACCACCACAACCACUACCACCACUACCACCACCACUACCAUCACCACUACCACCACCACGACCACCACAACCACUACCACCACCACUACCACCACCACUACCACCACCACCA